AUGAGUAACCCAAAAGCAUUUCCAUUAGCUGAUUCAGCAUUAACUCAACAAAUCUUAGAUCUUGUUCAACAAUCAACUAACUUAAGACAAAUCAAAAAAGGUGCUAAUGAAACCACCAAGACUUUAAACAGAGGUAUUUCAGAAUUCAUUAUUAUGGCUGCUGAUACUACUCCAAUUGAAAUCUUAUUACACUUACCUUUAUUAUGUGAAGAUAAAAACAUCCCUUAUGUUUUUGUCCCAUCAAAAACUGCUUUAGGUAGAGCUUGUGGUGUUUCAAGACCUGUUAUUGCUGCUUCAAUCACUACUAAUGAUUCAUCAGCUAUCAAAAACCAAAUCUAUGCCAUCAAGGACAAGAUUGAAUUAUUAUUAAUUUAG